UUCAAUUGCAAGUUCACCGUUUUAUCAACCAAUCCAUCAUCAUCAUUACCAAUCUCAAUUAUCGCAUUUUUCCUUAUCAUAUUCUCACACAAUAUUAUUCAACCUUCGUUCUUCUAUUCUUCUUGUUCCUCACCUCACAAUCUCAUCAAUUUCAGGUUAUUGAUUGUAGAAGCUUGAACAAGUUGAGUGUUGCUGUUUAUUGAAGUACCUGGAAUGCAAAGGCCUGUGGCUGUUUCAGCUACACCUCGCGGUGGAUUGCCUACUGACAGCAGCGACUCUGUUGUGACUUUAGAUCAAGUUCCUCGAUGGAAUGAUGCUGAUCAGUCGUUAGGGAAUGAAAAUGGAGAGGUUCCGUUUUCAAAUUCUUACUUCCCGGAUCCUUUAGCAUCAACUUCAGGAGCAGAUGGUGGCUCGUCUGUAUCGAGAUUUCCGGUUGAUCAUGAAAUUAAUUCGAGGAUUUAUUUGUGGAGGGGGAAUCCCUGGAAUCUUGAGGUGGAUGCUGUUGUAAACUCGACUAAUGAGAAUAUGGAUGAAGCACACAGCAGCCCUGGAUUGCAUGCUGCAGCUGGAUCUGGUCUUGCAGAAGAAUGUGCGACUCUGGGUGGAUGUCGAACAGGGAUGGCUAAAGUUACCAAUGCAUAUGACCUUCCUGCUAGGAGAAUUAUCCACACCGUUGGCCCCAAAUAUGCUGUAAAGUACCAUACUGCUGCUGAGAAUGCUUUAAGUCAUUGCUACCGUUCUUGCCUGGAGCUUUUAGUCGACAGUGGACUUCGAAGCAUUGCUAUGGGAUGUAUUUAUACUGAGGCAAAGAACUAUCCCCGAGAACCUGCUGCUCAUGUAGCAAUAAGAACUGUGCGACGGUUCCUUGAAAAGCAGAAAAAUAACUUAGAAGCCGUUGUAUUUUGCACUACGAGCACAACUGAUACUGAAAUAUAUAAAAGGCUGCUUCCACUUUACUUUCCUCGGGAUAUACAUGAGGAGCAAGUUGCAUUGUCGAAACUUCCUGCAGAUGUUGGAGAUGAAAAUGGUGAGACUAUCAUAGAUGAGCGUAAAAUCAGAAUAAAGCCUUUGCCUAAAAAGAGUGUUUCAAGACCAUCUGAUGUUGCAGUUGAUCUUCCUGUCAGUGAUAUUGGCCUAGUUCAAAAGAAAUCAUUAAAUUUAGAUUCAUUUUUAGAUCCCGCCUUUAUGUCCUUGAUUAAAGACCCCGAUCAAAGGCGUCUAGAGCAGUGGGAGAAAACUGCUGAAGCACAAAGAGGCUUUAAUUGUGCUAAAUUACUUGGGUAUGGCAACCUUGAAGGGCCUCCAUUGUCUGCUGCCGAAGAAUAUUCUCUUCACUCUAGAUACCUUUCCAAAGCAAACUCUUUAAAUCUUUCUGAAAUUGCAGAAAUGAAAAUUGUCUAUCGUGGAGGGGUAGACAGUGAUGGUCGUCCUGUCAUGGUUGUCGUGGGGGCUCACUUUUUGCUCAGGUGUCUUGAUCUGGAACGAUUUGUAUUAUACGUGGUCAAGGAGUUCGAGGCUUUAAUACAAAAACCUUAUACUAUUGUCUACUUCCAUUCUGCCGCAUCUCUUCAAGUGCAGCCAGAUCUGGGUUGGAUGAAAAGAUUGCAACAAAUACUUGGUCGGAAGCAUCAGCGCAAUCUGCAUGCAAUAUAUGUGCUUCAUCCAACUUUUGGACUGAAAGCAGCAGUACUUGCACUUCAAAUGGUUGUUGACAAUGAGGUUUGGAAGAAAGUGGUAUAUGUUGACCGACUUCUGCAGCUCUUUAGAUAUGUACCCCGUGAACAGUUGACCAUCCCUGAUUUUGUGUUUCAGCAUGACUUGGAAGUAAAUGGAGGGAAGGGUGUUAUUGCAGAUCCCAGAACAAAAUUUGUGUAUGAUAAACCGUGACUCGUCAUGCAGUUCUACCAUUAGCUAAGUUAAAAGGGAAUCGGAUGUGCACUUUCCUCAUUAUUUAUCUUUUCCCUUGUUCUCUCCCUCAUAACCAGGGGGGGGCAUGUGUUUUGUAAUGUGUAGCAAUCUUUUGAUUUUAAUCAUUUGAAGUAAUGAUAAGUUUCUCUGUAUCUUCUGUAUGUAAUUUAUCGUGGAAGCUAGAUGGUUGCCUGUUAUGAUUGCUUUGUACAUUCAAAGAAACAUAUUUUGAAUAAAAUCAUUGUAUUAUUACUGCUUGUAAA